AUGGAAACGGCGGCAAGGCAACUAUUCCAAGUGGUGAAAGACCACAACAAUGAAGCCAUCCAGGAAAUGUUAGACGUCUCUAACGUUUACUGCUACCAGAACGUAGUCGGGUCAGACGAAGAGGAUUCGGAAGACGAGGAAAUUAGGCCUACGCACUUUCCCACUUCUCCGUGUGCAUUGGUGAUCGUGAACCAACGAGAGUUUUCUGAACGCAUAUUGGCAGCUGCUGAGAGACUACGUUCUGAUGGACUCGUGGUGGACAUCGACAUGUCACGUGAGGACAGUUUCAGACGCCCGACCGAAAUCGACACGAGUGACGUGUCUGCAAUUAUAACUAAAAUCGAGAAGACAAUGAGAUUAUGUGAUCACGCCCUCUUUCGUUCGCAAAUAUACGCAAAACCAGCCGGAGCGACAUUUACAUACGUGAGAAUGAUGGAUGUUACAAGUUACCUGCACAAACUGCUCUCCAAUGAUUGCUUAAAAGAGGGUGUGAUGAAGCACUUUCACAUGCUAGAGAAAUUUCUAAGCCAUCCAGCGUGCGAAGUAAUCCCGCAGUUGCAGGUCGAUGUUGACCUCGUCGAAGUUUCCAACGGGUUCUGCUUCUCCAUACGAAACCGUAGCUUUCGUCAGUGUCCAAUCGAUGAGUCGAUGCGUGGAAAAAUCUCCCCGAGAGCGUUCGUGCCGUACGAUUGUUCCACCCCACCAACCCCAGCCUACUUUCGAGAUGCCAUCCUUAACUCAUUCGAAGAUCCGACGGUAAGAGUAAACUUCCUCAACAAAUUUUAUCAAUGUUUAAUCCCGUCCGGAAUGCCACAGAAAGUGAGAAAACUGGUCGUUGCUGGUCCUAAAGACUCUGGAAAAACGUCUUGGGCGAGCGUCUUCCAUCGCAUUAUCCCUGCCGAAAGUAUUGCUUCCAUAACCAACGAACGUCAGUUUUCAGCGUCCAUGGUAACAGACGACACGCAACUGGUGAUCGUAGACGAUUGGUCUCCAAACACAAUGCAGUCCGACCUUGCAAAAACCAUACUCCAAGGUGGUUGGAUGGUUACGGCUGUUAAACACGGUGAACCGAGACGAGUUAUGAACAACAGUCCCUAUUAUAUAACGACCAACAACGUUCCUGACUUUCGUGAUGAGAACGAGAACGUUGAAAGGAGAAUCCAGGUGUUCAACACAACAUCUUUACCCUCGACGACACCUGGUAUAGAUCGGUGGAUCUACGAUAACGCCAUGGAUUGCAUCGUGUGGAUUGCUGAACAACUUGAAGCACACUAUCAACACAUCGCUAAGGAUGAAUUGUGGUACGAGCCAACCGUCACGAGAAACCUCACCAUACCGAACAACGAAGGCCCCUCCCUUUUCCAACUCCAUCAUGUUCGUGAUAUCUGCCCUGCCGACUUCGAAGACGCAAAUACAUCCACGCUAGAAACCACGCCCACCAUCCAUGAAAGGUUCGUUCAGGAAUAUCGCACCCAACACCUUGAGGGAAGAAGACGACGUGCACGUGGUUGUAUAAUGGACACGGACGAAGAUAACAUUUUGGACAAUUGGGAAAAUCCACCCUCAUCUGGUAGCGAAAUGUCCAGAAAUGGCGGUAUUGUCCAGACGCAACCAACAGCAAAUGCAAUCGGCGAGCUCGAUAUUCACCUACAGCCAUCAAUGCCCACUACACACGAAGGCCGACACGACCAAGAAACAGAUAUUCACGCACAGCGAUCAGCCUCCACUACACCAGAAGCAGCGAACGAGCAGGAAACAGAUCUUCACGCACAGCCAUCAGCGUCCAUUACACACGAAGCGGCACACGACCAACAAACAGAUCUUCACGCACAGCCAUCAGCGUCCACUACACACGAAGCGGCACGCGACCAAGAAACAGAUCUUCACGCACAGCCAUCAGCGUCCACUACACACGAAGCGGCACACGACCAAGAAACAGAUCUUCACGCACAGCCAUCAGCCUCCACUACACACGAAGCGGCACACGACCAAGAAACAGAUCUUCACGCACAGCCAUCAGCCUCCACUACACACGAAGCGGCACACGACCAAGAAACAGAUCUUCACGCACAGCCAUCAGCGUCCAUUACACACGAAGCGGCACACGACCAAGAAACAGAUCUUAACGCACAGCCAUCAGCGUCCACUACACACGAAGCGGCACACGACCAAGAAACAGAUCUUCACGCACAGCCAUCAGCCUCCACUACACACGAAGCGGCACACGACCAAGAAACAGAUCUUCAAGCACAUCCAUCAGCCUCCACUACACACGAAGCGGCACACGACCAAGAAACAGAUCUUCACGCACAGCCAUCAGCGUCGACCACACGAGAAGCAGCGAACGACCAAGAAAAAGGGAAUGAUCCUGAAGCAAGUCGUGCACCAACUUCGCUAGAUAGUCCCACACCACCUGCAGAUCUAGAUCAUCUGAUAUCAACUCCACCAGAAGGUUGGCAACUCAAUUCUAAAACUUAUUUUCAGAAGGUAGCACAUCUGAUCAAAUGGUGCUUCAACAAAAAAGAAGUGAGAAAGGCACACGUCCACCAUUACCAAGAACGCCUGAGAAAGGCAGAACUACGACGAACACCUGAAGAACGGAAUUACUGGGUGGUUCCUGAUCCAACAAUUGAUGCCUCCAUGCUGAUGUUGGGACGGCAGCGAAAGAUUUUUAACAUGGAAGGAUUUGCUCGUGCAUUUCCACAAACAAGUGCUCAUUUAGAAAAUCUGCGGAAAAAUGCAAAUGUUCGGGUGAUGCGAGACCGUUGUCCAUUUUCCCUAGCGGUGCAAGCCCUCAGAGUGAAGAGCGGAGAAGCGGAGGAAGAAGUUGAAGAAGAACAGGAAUUAGACAGGGACGGAAAUCCUGCAAAUCCGCCACUAAGUUCCCAAACGUAUUGGACUAAAAUUAAGACUUGGCGGCCAUGGUAG